GCCGAAGCCUCAGUGCAGAAGACCUGGCUCCUUAUCAAACCACUCGCUGGCUGGCUCCAUCACGGGGAAGUCCCUUGCUCCAGCCUAAAGGCAAGCUCAGCCCAGCUCCCUUCCUGCACUCUGCGACCGUCCAACCCGGGGAUGUCUGGCUGGGAGGCGGAUGUGUGAGCAGCGGGCAUGGAAGGGAAAGGACCGUAUCGCAUCUAUGACCCCGGCGGGGCCACGAGGGAGGAGGCGGCCAAAGCCUUUGAGCGGCUAGUGGAGGAGAACACCCGGCUGAAGGAAAAGAUGCAGGGGAUAAAAUCUCUAGGAGAGCUGCUGGAAGAGUCCCACGUGGAGGCCUCCAAGCUGCGGCAGAAAGUGGAGGACCUGGUGAAGGACAACAAGAUGCUGCAGCCGUCGCCUUUCCUCUCGGACGAGCUGCUGGAAGUAACAGGCAGGGACCCAGACAGCAACAUGACCUCGACGGAUCCAAGCAGGGGCGAGAAGGAGCAGGAUGCAGAGACUCGGCCGACUCCGCUAAGUGGCUCGUCCUCUGAGUUCGAGAUCGUAACCGCUGAGGACAAGAGGUUUUCCCACGAGAGCAGGAAGUCGGACACUGAGAAGCCGCAGCACGAGGACGCCAACCUGAUGCUCCACCUGCAGCGGCUGGAGAGCACCCUGAGUGUCUUCGCCGAGGAGGCCGACAGGAACCAGGUGCUGGCCCACCUGGGGCGCAUGGCACUGGAGUUCAACCGCCUGGCCUCCAAGGUGCACCGCAACGAGCAGCGGACCUCUGUCCUGCAGACACUGUGUGAGCAGCUGCGUAACGAGAACGAGGACCUGAGGGCCAAGCUGGAGAAGGACCUAGAGCAGAGAAACCAGGUUACGGAGAAGCUCCGGUGUGAGAACCAGGAGCUGCGGAAGAUGGUGCUGCUGAGGAAGGAGGGUGCCAAAGGGGACGGCGUGGAGCUCUGCAGCCCGCAGCAGAGCGGGGCUGCGGCGGAGAAGGCAUCGGGCAAAGACACGAGCGAAGCCAGCGAGAAGAAGGUGAAGAUCCUGGAGCACCAGCGCAAUGAGCUUCUGGAGGUGAAUAAGCAGUGGGACCAGCACUUCCGGGCUAUGAAGCAGCAGUAUGAGCAAAAGAUCACGGACCUGCGCCACAAGCUGGCGGAUGCCCAGAAGGCGCUGGGUGAGCAGGAGGUGGAGCGGGAGCAGAAGCAGCGGGACUUCGACCGCAAGCUGCUGCUGGCCAAGUCCCGCAUCGAGGUGGAGGAGGCGGAGAAGGAGCGGCUGUCGGCCGAGGCGAAGGAGCUGAAGCAGAGGACGCGGUUCCUGCAGGAGCAGCUGGCGCCAGUCACCAAGCAGCGGGAGUACCAGGAGAAGGAGAUCCAGAGGCUGAACAAGGCCCUGGAGGAAGCUCUGAGCAGCCAGGCGACUGCCCCAGCUGCCUCAGCCUUCGUGAGCACUGCGGAGCCUGGCGGGGGCAUGCACCGGCACGAGCUGCUGACCCAGAAUGAGCUUCUGAAGCAGCAGGUGAAGGUCUUCGAGGAGGACUUCCAGCGGGAGCGGAGCGACCGGGAGAGGAUGAAUGAGGAGAAGGAGGAGCUGAAGCAGCAACUGGAGAAGCUCCAGAAGCAGCUGACGGUGUCCAGCCACCAGCUGCGGCUCUGCAAGGAUGACUGCCAGAGGGAGAAGGAGGAGAAGGAGAAGCUGAAGAAGGUGCUGAAGCAACACAAGCAGCUGUCUGGGGAGAGGCUGGCCCCCCAG